AAGAAAGAACACCCCAUUACAAUGAAGCAUGACUCCCUCUAUCCCUAUAAUCCCCCUGCACCUCUCACCCCCUCUCUGUCUGAGUGAACCCCUUGAAGACAAUCUGUGAACUGUUUAUCAAGCGAUAUAUAUUAUUAUUUAUUAUUAUUAUUAUUAUUAUUAUUAUUAUUAUUAUUAUUAUUAUUUAUUUAUUAUUUAUUUAUUUAUUUGUCAAACUCCUUUACCCAAGGCGACUCACAGAGGUGUUACAGGGCACACUACAAGGUUACAAUGCAAGAUUUAUAUUUAAAUACCGUAUAAGUGCAAAUAAUAACACUACUAGAAUACAGUAUGACCUUGGAUGCAACAAGUUAAGAUUACAACCUGCUGUAUCUACAACAGAAUAGUAAAACAAUAAACAGCACACUUCUGGGAACUAACGUAUUGCGUAGAUUUCAAGCGAUGCGGUGCACUGUCGUGCAUUAAGCAGAGGACGAGAUGUAUCUUCGUGCAUUGCUCUUUGCUUAGAGGUUUCUCAACUCACGCCCCGGUACAUUCUGGUAAAUGUAGUCCCGCUGUGAGAGGUACCUGAGCACCAGAUACGAUUGAGAUCAGCCGAUUCUAUGGGACGUUAUCAAGCAAUAAUCAUCCAAUAGGAGCCUCCCAACAGGUAGAGUCGGUCCGGAUCAAGCGCUUUAAUGCACGUCGGAUGUAGCGGCCGCUAGAGGGUGCUAAAAGCGGUUUUCAAAUAAUACUAAAAAUGACUUGAAUAGUAACACAGUUAGGGUUAGGGGUUGAGAUUAUAGUUGUAGAGAUUAGGUUUAGGGGUAGGGGGUAGAUUUAGGGGUUAGGAGGCUAGUAGGUACCUACUUGUCCAUUCCUAUGGGAUGUUUUUUUGCUUGAUAACGCCCGAUUCAAUCAACUGAUCUCAAUGAGAUCGGCUGACCUGAGACAGGUCAAACGGACCACAUCGCAUUGGGGUGGGAGAUUUCUUCAAACUGGAAAGCCUACAAGAUCUGCAACGAUAAAAAAAAAAAAAAAAUGUGAUCUCGUUCUACAUUUCGUUUAAGCCAUGUGACAACGAUAUAUCUGCAAUAAAUAACCUGUAUCGUUUAUAUAUUUAUAGUUAGUAUUUCUGCCACACCUAAUCGUGGUAUUGUAAUUAUAUGCACAUGUAGUUUCAAUGCCUGUUUGCGUUCUGUUCCUCGAUUUUAUGCUACGCACAGAAUAUAUUGGCGGCGCUAUAAAUUGUAGCGUGAAUUACACUGUGUUAUAUCCGCACACUUAGGUGCGCAGUGGCAUUGACGUUGUUAGAGAUCCCCGCUGUUCGGUGAUGAUGUCACUCUAACCCGUCAAGGCACCAAGCUCUCCAGCUGUGAUUAAAUAAAUAAAUAAAUAAAAACACGAAUGCAAAUCAUGCGCUUCUCCGCGGAUCCGCAAUGCCAUUGACCUUGUAAUAAUCACUGCGUCACCUGGGCGCACUUCACGGGCCGCGUGUGUCUUACUCCUGGUCGUUUGUAAUUGUUUUAUUUUACAGAACUAGAACCAAACGAGUGACGUUAUAUAUUUCGAGUUCUCUCAAACGGGUUGAAUGUAGCUUUGGUGUUAUCAUUUUUUGUAACUUGAUUUUGUGCAGUGGACACUUUGCACAUAUGACCCCGAUGCCUCACCCAACAGCAGACAGAAACGAGGCGUUCUUGUUCUGUAAUCACCUGUGCUGUGGCUGGAUGAGAACAGCGAGCGGGCAGACCUUAACAAUGCAGAACGGAACGAGGUCAGGUUGAGGCUGUCUAGGGGUUCAGAUGUUACAAACAGCAAUCCUCGGAAACGCCUACGCUUUUAAUCACGCGCGUUAUAAAUCGCAUCCAAUUUCUUCAUUCCAUAAUUGACGUGCAAUGGGUGUGUUUUUUUUUAUUAUUUUUUUAUUUAUUUGAAUUGUGUUUAUCAUUCCCUGCUGAAUUCAAAAGGACAGUAAUGCUACAAAAUGUGCUUGCAAAGAGUGUUGAACGAACAUUUCCAGGGCCCAAGAAGUCCACAGUUCAGGAUAUAAUAGAAUCACGGCACUGUGUGUUUGACUGUGAAAAUUCAACCUCCCCCUUCCUCCCCUUUCUCCCCCAUUGACUCUGUACUUGUAUCGCAUUGUAAUACUCGAUAAUGAAACCACAAUAAAAACGACUAAGCGAUAUUCUAGAUCCUGCUCUGGGUGUUCCUUUGAGGUCGGUAUUCUUUUUUUUCCCAGAAAUUCUAAGCCUCACUCCUCGUUCAUUUGGAGGAAUUCGUUUCUGUUUCCCUUCACAACCCGCAAGGAGGCAAGACCAUCCCAUCACAGCUCGAGAUACCAUGUGGAUGUCCGUCGCGAUUGCAGUGAUUGUAUUGGCGAUGGUGCUGAUGAUUGUCAUCGUUUCUCUUGUGGUGUAUAUCUUCAAGAAACAAAAGGAAAAAUCCCAACCUACUGAACCUGCUGUAAUUGAUGAGUGGAACGAGCCGUUUUGUUUAAAGCAAGACGUUGCUGGAAUGAAAGGUUCUCAAACCAAGUCGAUCCAAUUGGAAGAAUGGCAGUGGAUUCGCAGCACGAGAGUUGACGUGACUCUGAAUGCUGCCUCAGCUAAUCCUUACCUCACCCUUGGCAAAAACGGCAGGCAAGUAGGGUGGCGUCAAACCCGUCAGACCCACGAGGAGAGCCCUGCCAGAUUUGACGAGUAUUUGUUUUGUGAGGAGGCGGUACUGGGAAGUAGAAGUGGGGGAGAAGAAGUACUGGGAGGUCGGAGUUGCCAGGGAGUCUGUACGACGGCAGGGCCAGUUCACACUGAACCCCCACAGCGGAUUCUGGGUUCUCAGUCUGUGGGAAGGUACAAAGUUCAAGGCUCUCACCGACCCCGAGACCCCUCUCGUCGGGACCUCAGUUCCCAGGAAGCUGGGGGUGUAUCUGGAUUAUGAUAAAAAGCAGGUCUCGUUCUACAAUGCUGAGGUUCACUCGCUGAUCUAUACUUUCGAAGAGAGCUUUGACGGGGAGGUCUGCCCAUUUUUUUCUCCUGGGUGCAUUGAUGAGGAUCCUCUGAUAAUAUCACCUGUUUCUUAAAGUGCCCCUCUGUUUAUCAAGGCUCUUUGUGAGCCUUGAUAGAAACAGGCUUGUAAUCCCAGCUCAUCUAUUGACUCAAUGUGUGAAGUCACUCAACCUCCUCUAUAUAGAAUGAACUCACUCAGCUUCAUAGAGUCCAGUGAAAGCUGCUGAAUAAUGUUCCCUUGUUAACAUA